AUGCUGCGCUACACAAGGCUUGGCCGCAACAUGGGCCUUGGUGAUGCCUACGUGAAGAAAGUCUUUGACUCUGUCGCGCCCAAGUACGACAUGAUGAACGAUAUUCUCUCUUUAGGCAUUCACCGCAUGUGGAAGAAGCACUUUGUUGAGGAUUGUGUUUGCCCACUGCCAGGCGGCAAGUUCCUGGAUAUUGCGGGCGGUACGGGGGACAUUGCCUUUAGGAUCACUGACGCUAUCUGUGCCCGGGAGAAGUCGUUCGGGCUGGUGCCAAAGGCUCUCGAUGGCACGAAAGUGGUUGUGUGCGACAUUAACGCAAUGAUGCUGAAGGAGGGUGAGAAGCGUGCGGAGCGUGAGGGCUACAUGGACAUUGACUGGGUCUGCGCAAGUGGCGAGGAGCUUCCGUUCGAGGAUGAGGCAUUUGACAGCUGCACAGUAUCCUUUGGCAUCCGAAACUUCAGCGACAGACCAAAGGCGCUGCGCGAGGCUUUUCGUGUUCUCAAGGUAGGUGGUGCGCUAAACAUACUGGAGUUCAGUAAGGUGACUUGUCCGCUUUUGAGCAUUCCUUACGAUUUGUGGUCUUAUGGCUUUAUGCCGCAGGCGGGGCGCAUGUUGGCGGAUGAAGAGAGUUACCGCUAUUUGGUCGAUAGUAUUCGAGCUUUCCCGGACCAGGAGACGUUUGCGCAGGCGAUACGUGACGCUGGCUUUGGGUAUGUCCGCUAUGAGAAUUUGACUGGUGGCAUUGCUUGCAUCCAUACCGGGGUGAAGACCACCUCCAUACCGAUCGCCCCCCAAACUGGUUUUGACAUGUCACCUCCAAAGACUUCAGAGGUGACAUCUGAGGUGAAACCAGUGCCGAGCUCUGCAUAG